CACCAAAGGUGCUUUUCCCUCGCUUUCGCGGCAACACAGUGCUGAGUGAAAAUGGAUUGCUCAAAAUUCGACCGAAGAUUCCUAUCAUCGCCGCUAAUAUCAUCUCUUCCGCCGGACACAAUUUCGAUUAUUUCCACCUCAACCCAGGCUGAUAAUAGCCUCUACCUUGAUACCCUCUCCAAGAUUGCAGUUAAUUCCAAUUUCACUUCGUUAAUACUUACUUGCUAUGAACCAAUAUUUGCCGACCUUGCAGCAAGAUGGCGGGGGUUUGCUACGGUGGAACAACUUGCGGCGGGGUUUGCAAGAGUACUCCCGGUAAUGCCGUUCCUGGCGGACAUUGCUGAAGAGUUUCUACUGCGCUCUAGCCCAGGAGGAACUACCCCCGAAUUUCUGACCAUGAUGAAGCGUUUGUCGGAUGAAUUGCAUCUAGAGGAGCUAUUGACGGUGGGCCAUGGCGGAAAAUUACUUGAUAUGUUGCUGUCGCUUCAUCGUUUGCUGUGCUUCAGAAGGGAGGCUUUUCUGGGGCUCGUUAACGUGGAUGUUUUGUUUGGGCUUAUGAGGCAUGAAUGCCUACCGAUUCGGUAUCUCUCGGUUAGAAUAUUGUCGAUAUAUUUGAAGGCUGCGGAUCGCGCACAGGAGUUAAUGUUUUUCAAUUUCGGAGUUGGAGGUAUUGCGCAAGAGAAGGUACUUGGACUAUGGGAAGGUAAAGAGAUAGACUAUGGAUUUUUAAUGCUGCUGGAAGGCGAAAGGCUAGAGAAAUUAUCAGCGGAUUUAAAGACAGCAAGACUUAGAAACAGCCAACUAGAAAUGAGCACGGGGCAUCCCCGAGUGAUUAAUUCUAGUGACCUAUCGCCAUUGACGGCUGAUCUGUGUGGGGUCUUAGUUCCUAGGCUUCGAGGACUUCCUUCGCAAUCCUCGAGUGUCGUCGACACGCACACUACUCGGAAGAACAUUAGCUCAAUUGCCCAAGCGCUCCGCUCUCCACGAUCUGUGCUUAUCACUGGGCAAUCUGGCUCUGGAAAAACGUACUUUGUUCACCAGAUUGCGCAAGUUCUUAAUAUAGAUGACAUGAUUUCGAUACAUCUUGGGGACCAGACGGAUGCGAAGCUUUUAAUUGGAGCCUAUACCACUACGGAUGCCCCAGGCAACUUUGAAUGGAGAGCGGGGGUUUUGACAACUGCUGUGAGGGAGGGUAGAUGGGUUAGAGUUCAUGCCCUUUACAUCUCAGCCGGCGUUGCCACAAGCCAUGAGCCACUAUCGGACGGAGUAUUCAAUGAGAUAUUCAUGGAAGCAGUUGAUUGUUUUGCUGGAAGUUUGCAAACCAAGGAGGCCCGAACUCUAAUUGUUAGGAGAGUUGCGAGUAAUAUACAUAUACCUUCACAGCGUAAACGAAAAAUGGAGCCAGCUGGACUAAAGCGACGCAGGGUUUACGCUCAGACAAGGCCAUUUGCGACUACAAAUCAUGCAAUGCGACUAUUGGAGCAAAUUUGUGUGGCAAUUAGACUUGCGGAGCCUGUCUUAUUGGUGGGAGAAACCGGUACUGGAAAGACGACGGUUGUGCAGCAAUUGGCAGAUAUGAUGCGGUUCAAUCUUACAGUCAUAAACUUGUCCCAGCAAACCGAGAGUGCCGAUCUCCUUGGCGGGUUCAAGCCUGUCGACAUGAAAUCAUUGGCUCUGCCGCUAAAGGAGAGAUUCGAUGGUUUGUUUGAGAAGACCUUUUCCUUGAAGAGGAAUAAGCGCUUUCUAGAUGCCUUGAAUAAAUUUUGGUCAAGGCAGCAAUGGAACCGAGUUAUAACAUUAAAGUUGGACGACACGGAUAGACCAGUUCUCCAAGCGGAGUGGACUGGUUUCGCAAACGAUUUAUCAAAUCUCGAGAAACACAACUUGCAAUUAGUCAAAAGCUUUGCCUUUUCCUUUGUGGAGGGGAGCUUGGUGAAGGCUGCUAGAAACGGUGACUGGGUGCUUUUGGACGAGAUAAAUCUGGCAGCUGCAGAUACCCUAGAGAGCAUAGCUGAUCUGCUCAAAGACGGCGGCGGUGGUUCUAUACUUCUGAGUGAGAAAGGCGAUGUGGAGAGAGUAAAAGCACACCCAGAUUUCAGGAUAUUUGCGUGUAUGAACCCGGCCACGGAUGUGGGAAAACGUGACUUGCCCCCUGGGUUGAGAAACAGAUUCACUGAGCUAUACGUCGCCAGUCCGGAUCAAGAACUGAGUAAUCUUCUCGCUAUCAUUAGGGAGUAUCUCGGAAAUCUGGCGGUUGGGGACGACGCGGUGGUCGCUGAUAUCGCGAAUGUUUAUAUGGAAGCCAAGCGCUUGUCGGGGGAACAGCGGCUGGUCGAUGGUGCGAACCAUCGCCCAAACUAUAGUAUACGGACUUUGACAAGGACCUUGAGUUAUGUUUUCGAGAUUGCUCCAGUAUAUGGCUUGAGGCGGAGUUUAUAUGAAGGGUUCUGCAUGAGCUUCUUGACACUGCUUGACCAGACAUCAGAGAGUAUACUAUUACCGGUUAUUGAGAAAUAUCACUAUUGGAUGCACAAGGGAGCAUACCCAAUUGAGGAGCAACCAUAUUAUAUUAUACCUCCGUCUGUUCGGCGGAACAUGCUUAAUCUGGUUCGAGCUACUGCGACAAAACGGUUCCCCGUACUUAUCCAAGGGCCGACGAGCAGUGGGAAAACAAGUAUGAUUGAAUAUCUUGCGAAGAAGACAGGGCAGAAGUUUGUACGAAUCAAUAACCACGAACAUACCGACCUUCAAGAAUAUCUUGGAAGUUAUAUUUCGGAUGAUGAUGGGCAACUAAGAUUCCAAGAGGGGAUACUUGCUUUGAAUAGGUUGUUGGAUGACAACAGAGAACUUUUGAUUCCGGAAACACAGGAAGUAGUGAGGCCGCAUAAAGACUUCAUGCUCUACGCAACCCAGAACCCGCCUGGGCUCUAUGGAGGGAGGAAGGUGUUAUCUAGGGCUUUUCGGAAUAGGUUCUUAGAGCUACAUUUUGAUGAUAUUCCCGAAGACGAACUGAGAAUUAUUCUAGAGGGAAGAUGCCAGAUACCGCCCAGUCGAUGUAAGGUGAUUGUGGAUGUCUAUAAGGAACUCUCAUUGAUUCGUCAGACAGCUAGACUUUUCGAACAGAAAAACAGUUUCGCUACUCUUAGAGAUCUCUUUAGGUGGGCUAGCCGUCAAGCAGCCCGUGGUGACCAGAGUUAUCAGAGUUUGGCCAAUGAUGGGUACAUGCUGUUGGCAGAGCGAGUUCGUGAUGAAAAGGAGAAGCUCGCUGUGAAGGAGACCAUUGAGAGGGUCAUGCGCGUUAAAAUCGACAAUUCAUCUUUAUAUUCGCCCGAAUCCACACCAGAAUAUCACUAUUACAUGGAUAAACUCUCCGGAACGAGCGGCGACGUUCGACCAAUUCGGAAUCGGCAGGCUUAUCAGAGCCAGCUUACUGAGGACCUAUUAGCUUGGGCCGACGGAAGCCUUAUCCAAGCUAUGAAAUCUGGCCAGUUCUUUUUACUUGAUGAGAUAUCGUUAGCCGAUGAUUCCGUAUUGGAGAGAUUGAACAGUGUCUUGGAACCUGCACGGGGUAUCCUACUCGCAGAGAAAGGAGCAAAGGAAUCAGAAGUUACAGCUGCAGAUGGGUUUCAGUUCAUGGCUACUAUGAACCCCGGCGGUGACUAUGGCAAGAAGGAGCUUUCCCCGGCAUUACGGAAUCGGUUUACGGAAAUCUGGGUACCGUCGAUGUCCGAUCCGGAAGACAUCUUGCAGAUUGUACAGGCCAAAAUUGCACCGUUCGCAUCAAAGUACGCUAGAACCGUCGUAGAGUUUGCGCAGCGAUUUUCUAAAACUUCUAGCUCUACUUUAUCCCCAGUGAUCUCCAUUCGAGAUGUAUUAGCUUGGGUCAAAUUCAUCAAUUCCAGCCCGCCCGAGAACCCUGCUUUUGGGUUGCUUCAUGGGGCAGCACUCGUGUUUAUUGAUGGUAUGGGAGCAAACCCCUCUGGGGGCUUGUCAAUUGCCUCCGAAGAUCUGGAAAAGGAGAAGCAACGGUGUAUCUCUGAAUUGUCAGACCUUUGCGGUGAGGACUUGUCCCAAAUAUACUAUCAACCGAUUACUACUAGCGCGGGUGAUGAGGUGGUCCAGCUUGGAGCGUUCUCCCUGCAAAAGAAUAAGGACGCCGCGGUAGAUAUUUCUGAAUCAUUCAAUAUGACCGCACCAACAACAACGAAGAAUGCUAUGAGAGUGGUCAGAGCAAUGCAAUUGCGGAAACCUGUAUUACUGGAAGGUAGCCCGGGUGUCGGUAAAACAAGUCUGAUAUCGGCCCUUGCAGAGGCUAGUGGAAAUUCCCUUACAAGAAUCAAUUUGUCGGAGCAAACUGACCUAAUGGAUCUUUUCGGUUCGGAUGUUCCGGUUGAAGGUGGCCAGAGCGGGGAAUUUGCCUGGCGAGAUGCUCCGUUCCUUCGAGCGAUGCAAGCCGGAAAUUGGGUACUACUAGAUGAAAUGAAUCUGGCGUCGCAGUCAGUGUUGGAGGGUCUCAACGCCUGUUUGGACCACCGCGGGGAGACAUACAUCUCAGAGCUCGAUCGUACCUUCAGACGACAUCCUAACUUUGCAGUUUUUGCUGCACAGAAUCCACACCAACAAGGUGGAGGACGGAAGGGACUUCCCGCAUCUUUUGUCAAUCGGUUUACAGUUGUUUAUAUCGACACCCUUGGCCCCGAAGAUUUACAACUCAUCGCUAGCCAGUUGAAUCCAUCGGUCCACCCUAAAUAUGUUUCGAAAGUAAUCGAGUUUAUGGUUCUUCUAGAUCGUGAGGUGUCUCAGAAGAGGAGUUUCGGAAGUCUUGGAGGCCCCUGGGAAUUCAACCUGCGAGAUACCCUGCGUUGGCUUGGGCUGUUAUCGUCACCUGCCCGGUUCGUGGCCGCUAGCAAACCUGAAGAGUUUCUAGGUAUCAUCAAACAUCGAUUUCGGACUACGAAGGACAGAGAGAGGGUCGACGCGCUGUUUGGCCAGGUUUUCGGAUCCGAACCUGGUAGGAGACAUCUCUAUUAUCAACUAUCCAAGGAGUAUCUACAAGUCGGUCACGCGUUUCUCAGCCGUCGGAGCAAUCUAUGUUUUAUAUCCCCUCGGGACCUCGCAAUUUUAAAGCAGAACUUGCCUGUUAUGGAGACAAUUAUGACCGCAAUUACGCAGGAGACCCCGUGCAUAUUGGUUGGGCCCUCCGGCGUUGGUAAGAGUAGUCUAUUAAGGCUUCUAGCAAGUAUUGCUGGUGUUGAGCUUGAUGAGAUCGCAAUCAACAGUGAUAUUGAUGCGACAGAUGUUGUUGGUGGCUUCGAACAAGUAGACGUUACUAGGAAAAUUUCCAAGUGGGUUGACGGGAUGUUAAUCGAUGCCGUUGAGAAAGGAAGGUGGCUGGUCCUAGAUAAUGCGAACCUAUGCAGUCCAAGUGUAAUGGAUAGGCUAAACUCGCUCCUUGAACCGAAUGGAUGUCUCAUAGUCAACGAGCAUAACGGCAAGGAUGGCAGACCAAAAAUGGUAUAUCCCAGUCCGGGUUUCCGGCUCUUCCUAACAAUGAACCCCGACCACGGCGAACUCUCACGGGCUAUGAGGAAUCGUGGGAUAGAGGUUUUCCUGAGUCCACUUCCGAUGGAGGAGGGUGCCGAAGAAGAUGAUAGAGAACGGAAGGAGCUUGCUAAAUAUUCCCCUUCGACAGAGUCCUCAAUGGGAAUCUAUCAGAUCAUGGGUAAAUUUCUCGGAAAUAAUAUCGAUACAUCGGUAUUCAAGAAUCUUGUUUAUAUCGCUCUUGACCACAUGCCCGGGGAAAAGGCGGAGACCGAUAUGGCAUUAUUGACUAGAUGGAGAGAUCAUAUAAGAUCAUCAUCUGCUGACCUGAGGGCGCAGCGGAUGGAAAUUUUACAGGACGCAGUAAGCAUUUACGUAAAUUUGUAUAAAUGGACCUGGGCACUUCGAGAAGAUCGUAAAGAGCACCUCGCGAAACUGCUGCCAACUAGUUAUGAAUUCAAGGGAGCGCAGGUGAGUGAGAUAAUUAAUCUAAGCGGUGAAGGGCUCGAGCUGGAAGCGGAUAUUGACAAAUAUCUUAAACAGCCUAUAAAUUUACUGCGCAACACGCCUCUAAUUUUUCUUGGGAUCAAGGCCUCCACCCGACAAGCAGGCCAUUCGCAGGGAAUGCUUGAAUGGACCAUCUACAUGCGAAUCUACGACUGCAUGAGAGGGAUACUCGAAAUCGAGCAAGUAGAGGAGGCAAUCAUUCAGAGAGCGAUGGCGGCAACACUAGAAGGGUUGAAAGGCAUGAGUUUUUUGGAGAUAUCGGCGUCGAAAAAUAAAUUACCUGUGUCAAUCUCUAAAGCCAAUCUCGACCUACCGGUAUUCGAGUUCUUGUCGACUGUCCGGGAAGAACUAUACAACUGGGCUGAUACCUGGGCGCGUGGUCCCCCGUUUCUUGGGGGAAUGCACGAGGAUAAGCAAUUGCAGAAUUCGCUUUUACCUAUUCUGGAGCUUCUGCAGUUAUGGCAUGAUAUUGUUGGCUUGGGUAGUGCUCCAGGGAAUAAAUUGAAUGGGAGUGUGCUCCACGUAUAUGUAGAAUUACUUGAGGAAUGGGCUAAGUUCUCUGGAGAUAGUCUUCCUCGUACUCUGAUGCAGCCAAUUCGGCAAGCGUUAGAUGGAUUCCGGGCUCCUUUCCAACUUAAAACUGGGUUCUCUAUGGAGUUGGUGUGGAACGAGAUGCGUCCAUCUGUACCUGCUUCGUUGAUUGCUUGGACGGCGUAUAAUAGAUUGAAGGAAAUUGCCGAUCGGUUUGAUAUUGUGACGUUGAGAUUUAAAGGCUCCCUUGAGGUGGUCGUUUCCCUGAAGAGAUCACUUAUCACGGCACUCACCGAUGUCUUGACGUUCUCAGAUGCAGAUAAUAUCUGGGAGUUGAUUCAAGGGCUUGAGGCAGAAAUUGCCCAACUUGAAAAAUCGCAAGCGCUAACCGAACCUGAGCAACUUGGGUCGGUUUUCAGGGCCGCGUUUGAUUAUCUAUUUCAGUUCAGAGCUCUCCGGGUAGCCGUGUUUCCGAACGAAGCGAAGGUAGGAAUUGGUUAUAUAAUUUCAAUCAUCGGUUUGCUGAUCGAUCCUUACAGAUUGACAGUGAUAUGCUCGCUAUUGCACAUUUCUCUAGUAGACCUACAUCUAGACUUCUUGGCUACCAGGCCCCAAGCAUUAGACUCCGUGAGUUCCAUUAAGAGAUGCGUUUGUGGGAGGUUUUUGAGACAAUCGGCGAUCGGUCAGACGAGCAAGCUCAAUAUCGAUCUGAAAACAUUUUUGAAGCAUUUGUUUUUGAAUAUUCGCGAUAUCACUAGUGAUAGGACGCUCCAAUUGACACAACUCCUGGUUGCUAAGAUUUAUAAAAUUAUUACUCUGCAUAGGGAAUUUUAUGACGGAGAGAUGUAUGCACAGAUUACGAAUUCAUUCGGUAUUAUCAAUCAAGCUCUAUUUGGAGAAACAAAGGGGCUAUCGAGGAUGCCCGGUCUCCCGCUUUUGCCAACAUCAAACGAUAAAUUCAAGACAGUGGUUGACACCCACUUUACACCUGCAAUCGGCGCUCUUUGUUCGGAUUUGUCUCAAUUCGGAUCUGUUACUUUGGAGAACCUGGGAUCCGCUUGGACCCACUAUGCCUUAGGGUGUCUAAAACUAUAUGUCCCCAAUUGCGCCUUCGAUCCAGCCAUGAAGUUGAAGGUGAGACGAGAGAGAUACCUGCGCCAAAAGGGCGAUAUAACUGCUAGGAUUGAGGCGGAAAUAUUUUUUGAAUCCAGGUUUACCGGUCAAACAAAUGAGUUUCAACUGCAAUAUCUGCGGAAUCAAAUUGAAGGACUUGGCGGGGAGCCUUCAAGCUCGUUCAUGGAACGACCGGAGGAAUCGGAAAUGGCUCAGUUACAAGGGGAUUUCUCUACCUUACUCAAGGCUAUUGUCGAGAGUAAUCCUCACGAGCGACUUCUUUCGUCUAUCUUGAAGCGCGGUCAUGAAGGCCGUGCCGAGGAAAAGUUGUUCCAGAGGAAUUUGUCUCAGAUAGCUGAGAGACUAAGGAGGAACCACACUGCUUAUAAAGAUUUGGUAGAUCCGGUGCUCGGGUUCUUAUACUCUCUGAAGCUUGGGUUGGAUCUUGCUGCUAUUGAGACAGAGAAAUCGGGGCAUGCCGAGUCGCUUCUUAUUCCGGAUUUCAUAGGGGAUAUAACUUUUGAUCAUUUUGCUAGCGGCGAUAACCGGGAUGAUGCUCAGCUGCUCUUGUUAUGGAAGUUUGCGACCCGUAGGGCUAUUGAAGGAUUCGAAGGAUUGGGUAGAAAAUCUCACGAGAUCAUCAACAGAAUUUUGCUUUACUUCCUCGAUAAUUGGAAGGCCAAGAUGGCAGAAGAGCAAGAAAAGGCCGUUGCAGAUGCAAGUCUUUACCGAUACCAGGGCGAAGGAGAGGACCACGACGAACGGGAACUGAAGGCAAUGUUUCCGGACUAUGAGCAAGAAGUUGAAAAGGCAGAGAAACCAGCUGCCGACCAUCGCUCUUUAGCAGUUAAGCUUGCAAAAUGCCAUUCUGCUCUUUACCUUUCGAGGGAUAAUUCAGGGUGUGACUUACCCUCCCUCAUUCAUCGUGGUAUCAGUACUUUUAUGAAGAGCCUACGCAGAACGGAUAGCUUUUCCGCUUCUCAAACAGAACUGGAGGCUUUCAUACCGGCCGUUGUGCUUUCCCUCAGUGAAGCGUCUAAAUGGAUCGAUGGGCGCGAAGAGAAGCCUAGUUCUAAGACAUAUGACUUCUAUACCGACAAGAAUCUGGAGCAAGCUCAGAGACUAGUUGACAUGAUUGAGAAAUGCCGGACUUGUCUGCAAGUUUUGAAUGGCACUUGGCCUGAAAAUAUCACUCUUCAAGAUGCCUUGGAAACAUGUCAGGAGAUACUUAACUUCCCAAACGACUCACCAGUCGCAAAGCUCCUUCCUAAGGUCGAGAGGUUGCACGAGUCAUUAAACGAAUGGCAAAGUGUUGCUAGCAGCCAGUAUUCUGCCGCAGAACAUUACGACGCCUUAACUCAACUAAUUAUAAGCUGGAGGCAUCUGGAAUUAACCACCUGGCCGCGCCUUUUCGACAUUGAGGAUGAGAAGUGCGAGAUUGAUGCAGACUCUUGGUGGUUCUAUAUUUUCGAAAGUGUGAUCGCCAACCCGACUCGCCUUUCUGGGGCAGGGGAGACCUUGGAUAAUCGUAUGUUCCAACUUGUCUCUACACUUGCUGUUUUCAUAACUUCCUCAUCUAUCGGUCAGUUUCCCGGUAGGCUUCAUCUUUUGCAGGCGUUCGAGCAGCAUCUUCUACACCUAUCCGAGGAAAAUCCGGAGAUGUUGUCUAUACAGAAGGGACUAAAAAACCUUAUCACAUACUACUCGCAGUACGUGCCCAUAGCUGAGGACUUCCUGAUGAAGCAGAGGAAGACGCUUGAGAAGCAGGUUUCAGAGGUAGUCCUACUAGCUAGUUGGAAAGCUACGAAUGUCAUUGCUUUGAGAGAUAGUGCAAAGCGAUCGCAUCAUAAGCUCUAUAAGGUUGUCAAGAAGUAUCGGGAGACACUCGCUCAACCUGUGCAGCCUUUGAUCGAAGGUGGCAUGCCUUCCGUGGAGGAUAGAGCUAUCAUUAGCAUACCGGUGGUUCUUCCCCAAUUAGAUAUCAACAUUGAACUAGUCAAAGAGAGCUACGAGAAACGGGUGCAAACAUGGGAUAGCAGACCUAUCCGUCUUGCUGAUCUUGCUGCAACUGUACGAACGAUGCAGCGAGUAUCUCAGUCGGGAAUUGUCGACGUCACAAGCUGGCUAAACAACUUCUCGACAUCAAUCGUCUCGAUAAUGAAAGAACUCCAAGCCGAGACUCCCAGAACACUCACGGAGACCAACAGGCAUGAAGUGAAGCAUUUGAAGACGAGAAAACGAAAAGCAUUCACGGAUGCAUUGAAAGAGCUUCGACAAAUGGGAUUGAAGUCGAAUCUUAGCAGCUCUCAAUUACAGAAGCAAUCUACCCUUGAGGCAGUUCUCACAGCUGCUGAGACAAUUCAUACCGGUAAUGACAGGAAUGAGUCUUAUCACCUCCUUCGAGUUUUGGAGCUCUUACCGAAGAUUCGGGGGUAUGCGGUAAAGCCGAGUCUGGACUUGACGGGUCCAGAGGUCACGAGGAGUGUGGGGUAUAUUGAGAAUAUGUUUUCAAUGAUCCUGGAGCAGUGGGAUAUAGUUUCCUCCUCACUUAGGGAUCUUAAGAGAGUGCAGAAGGUCAUAGAGAGGUACAGGACAUUAUCGAACUUGGAGAUGGAGCAUCCGGAUCUCUAUGGAAACAGCAGCAUUGCACCCGAGGAGUAUGUCAAUAUUUGGAGGAAGAUUCUGUGGCUUCCAGAGACUAUUGGAUUGGCUACUGAACUGCUGUGUAUUCACGAAGAUUUCAGUGGGGUCAAGUUUGAGGAUGCCAAAAUUUACUUUGAGAAGUCUCGCGAAGUCGCUACGGAUCUGAACACUAGCUUUAGGAAAGAGCUCGCUAUCUAUGAUGGAAUCUGGGAGCACUCGACUAUGAUAUUGAUGGACCGGGCCCUGGAAGCAUUGCGUGGAAUGAGCUCAGAGGCAGAGAAUCUCAGACAGGAACAACCAGAGAUCGCUUAUGCAAUCCACCUUAUUACGUCUUUGCUUUCUCGAGAAUGCCAACCAAAAGCGCCCGCAAAAGCAGAUUCUUCAGUGUCACUGCAAAUAAUUGACGCUUCAUUACAAGGUCUUUGCGAUCUAGUGCUUGUCAGCCUGCAAAAACUGAGGGACUCACGGACGUUUUGCCCAACAUCACCGCAGCAAACCGGCUGGCUUGCCCAAUUCCAAUCUGCGUCCGCAUCUAGCGUGAGGUCUCUACACAUGGGUGAUAUCACUCGCAAGGCAACAGAGACUCUAGCUUUGGUUGCAAGACUCCAGCCAUUCGAUACAGCUACCUCACAGGCCGCACGCACGCUAUUCGCAGCCUAUUACCCGAUCGUACAGGAGUACACUAACAUCUGUCAAGAGACACUUCAGGAGGUACUAGGUCACUACCACGUUACUUCUAAGACCGCUUAUAUCCUUUGCAAGUCUGCCACUACGCUCUUGACAAAAGGCUUCUGCAUGCCAGAGGAGAAGGGGCAGGGCGAAGAAGCUGGCGGCGCGAAUGGUCUUGAGAACGGAACCGGACUCGGAGAAGGUGAAGGUGCGGAUGACAUCAGCAAGGACAUCGAAGCCGAUGAAGACCUUUCUGAACUCGCUCAAGAGAAAAACGAAGAGCGAGAAAAAGAAAUUGAGAACGAGGAAGAUGCAGGCACCGGCGACGAAAAGGAGGAUGAUAUGGAUGAAGGAACUGGCGACGUCGAUGAUCUUGAUCCCACCGCUAUCGACGAAAAGCUGUGGGACGGGAAGGGAGAUGAUAACGCUAAAGAAAAAGAAGGGGGUGAAACGAAAGGCGGCGAGAAUAGAGGUGGAGAUAUCGAGGCGAAGAAAGAGAACAACGAAAACCAGCAGGGCCCAGAGGGCAAGGAAAUGGAGCCCGAGAUUGGAGACGCGAGCGAUGGUGGAGGAGAGGGAGCGGAUGAAGAGGACGAGGUUCGACCAGAGACAACUGAAGGAAUGGACCCACAUGUUCCUGAAGUUGAUACACUUGACUUACCAGAAGAUCUUGAACUCGAUAGUGAUGAGAAAGGAGGUGAAGAUGACGAUCUAAAUAUGGAAGACCUCUCAGAUGUUGUCGAUGAGGAAGAACCUAUGCAAAAAGACGAAGGGAAAGAUAGGGAGAAAGAGGGUUUUCCUGAGUUGGAUUCCUCGACAAAAGACCCCAACGCCGGCGAGCCCGAAGAUGCAAAGGACGAGAAUGACAUUGAAGGGGGGCAGACUGAAGAAAACGGAGAGGCCGACGGAGAAGAGAUGGACCAAGGCCAAGAUACCCUCCAAGAAGAGGAACAAAACUCUCUACUCCAAACCCAGGAAGAGCAGAAGUCAGGGGAAGCCGAUAAAACUGCACCUAGAAAAGCUCAGGCACAUGAUGGCGGCGCCGGCCAGCAAGAUAGCAACGAGCAGAGUUCAGCUCAGCAGCAAUCGGGCGAGGAGGCAAAGCAAGACGAACCGCUAGAAAUUAAUGGCCCCGACGCGGAUCAAGAGCAGGGUCAGAAAUUAGGUCAAGCCUUAGCACAAGACGCGAAUCCUCAGAAUGACAGCCAAGUCCCCAAAGACGAUCAUUUCAAGGAAGUACAAGAAUCUCUCCGUAAAGUUGGUGACGUGCUGGAGAAAUGGUACCGUAGUCGCCAAGAGAUUUUAGAUGCUCAGAAGGAUGCAGAGCGACCCCAAGUUGUCAAUAUGGAACUUGACGAUCCGGAAUUCGAGCAUUUGCCCGAUGAGGAAACCGCCACCGACACACAGGCUCUUGGCGCAGCUACUGAAGAGCAAUCCCACCCGCUUGACGAUUCGAUGGCGAUUGAUUCGGGUACUACACGGCCACAGGAAACCUUUGAGGAUGAGGAAUCAAGGCCGGGGGGGGAUGAUGCUAUGGAUGAAGAGAUGAAGGAUUCUGAGGACACAGGUGUUGAUAGUCCAGAAUCCGCGGAAGAAUGCUCUGUCGGUGCAAUCAUUGGGAGAUCAUUGGAACCAAAAUCUAGGCAGCAAAUAUUCACUCAGGAAGACGCUGGAUUUGAUUUGGACACUGAAGACAUAGGUAUGGCUGACGGAGAGCUACAAGGGGGUGAUUCUCCACCGCCGCGACUUGUGGAUGGUCGUUCGUGGGAAGAGUCGCGAGAGUUGUGGCAGAAGCACGAACAGUCAACGCAGGAUCUAUCGAUGGGUCUGUGCGAGCAACUCCGACUCAUUCUCGAACCUACUCUAGCUACCAAGAUGAGAGGAGAUUUCCGAACCGGCAAGCGACUGAACAUGAAGCGUAUCAUCCCAUACAUUGCAAGUCAGUACAAGAAGGACAAAAUCUGGAUGCGCCGUACAAAGCCCAGCAAACGUCAAUACCAGGUAAUGAUAGCAGUCGAUGACUCAAAGUCUAUGGCGGAGUCCAACUCUAUCAACUUAGCCUUCAAAACCGUGACUCUAGUCGCAAAAGCCCUCUCCCAACUCGAAGUUGGCCAGAUCUCCAUCGUCAGCUUUGGCGAAACAACCCGUCUAAUCCACCCCUUCGGCCAGCCCUUCACCUCCGAAUCCGGCGUAAAGAUCUUCCAAAGUUUCACUUUUAACCAAACAAAGACAAACGUGAAAACCCUCGUCGAGAAGUCCCUCUCCAUAUUUGAGUCUGCGCGCACAAACUCCAACGCUGGGCUCUGGCAAUUGGAAAUUAUCGUCUCCGACGGCGUAUGCGAGGACCAUGACGCCCUCCGCCGACUAGCGCGCAAAGCCCAAGAGGAGAAAAUUAUGAUCGUGUUCGUUAUCGUGGACUCCGUGCGCGAGUCGAGCAUUUUCACGCUCGAGGGAGUGAAGUUCGAGAAGGAUGAGAGCGGCGGUAUGGCGUUGAAGAUGUAUAAGUAUUUGGAUUCUUUUCCGUUCAGGUUUUACCUUGUCGUCAGCGAUAUUAAGGAGUUGCCCGGAGUGCUAGCGUUGGCCUUGAGGCAGUGGCUGGCGGAGAUUGUAGAUGCUACGGUUGCGUAGAUUUGGGAGUAUGUAUAGUUGGGGAUUUCGUUUUCUCCCGCAUUAUUACUGCUACUCACGAUAUUGUGACAGCGGUAGUGUUUCAUAGUGUCGAGGUUUUAUUUUCGCUUUGUAGGGCAUUGUCAGUAAUUAGUUUGUCUCCGUAAAACGAAAUCGAGUAAAUUUAAUAUUUUCAGAA